UAGCAGAUCGCCGAAAUUUUUUUUUUGCUUCUAUUGGCUUUGCCUAUUUUGUAACCGCUGAGUAUAAAUAGUUGCAAAUGCAAAAUUUAGAGUAAUUUUCUUUUAUUUAUACUUCUUUUUCCUUUUUCCUUUUUCCUUUUUCAUUCCUUAACUUAUUAUCUUCUUAAGAACAGUCUAUUGCAUUCUGCUUAUCAUAUAACUGUCAAUUAAUAUAUAAUAGUCAAACCAUCUAGCUAAAGAGAAUAAGAACAUGGCUCAUAUAUUACAAUCCAGUGCAGUUCAUAGUUUAACCGCUGGUCUUACCGCUGGUGCUUAUGUGUUAGAUAAGUUAAAUUUAAGUGAUAUUUUAGACUUACAGAUAUCUGCUGCUUCAGUUAUCCCACUUACCAACUAUCCCACUCAAUUUUUUGUUCGUCAAAAUAGAAAAGAUAAGCAAAGACAAAUUAGAGUCUUUGACGCUCAAGGUAACCAAGUUUAUUCAUUUGAAAGAUUAUCAUCCAUGAAUCCAGUUUGGACAAUGAUGACUUAUCCUCAAAGACAAGAGGUUGCUACUCUUUUUGUUGGUUUUACUUCAAGAGCUUUUGAUUUUCAUAAUAAAGUUGGUAUUACUCAUAGAGAUAUUAUUUCUGAUAUUAGUUUAAAAGGUGCAUUCAGAAGCUUUUACCUUAAUGAUGGUGCUAAAUAUUCUUGGACUACUGGUUCUAAAUGCUUGGAAAAAGUUAUUAAUCCAAAUGGGGGUAUUGAAGAAACCAGAGAAAGAAUUGCCAAAGUUAAGCUUAUGAGACAAUUUAAAUUAGAUUUUGAAGUUUUGGUUGAUGAAAGUAAAAUUGAUAAAGAAAUUGCUUUAGCAACUGCUUUUACUUCAAUGAUCACUCAAUGGGGUUAUGGUGAAGUUACUGGUACUAUUGGUCCUACUUUUGUUCCUAAAAGAACUUUAGAAGUUAAAGCUGCUCCACCUCAUAGAGAAGACGAAAAUAAAAUUGUUCUUGUAAUUGAGAAUGGUUCCAAUGCUGAGGUCAGUGUUGAACAAGAAGAAGAACUAUAAUUAUUGUUUUUUUUAUAUUAGAGAAUUUUACAAAACCUCAUAAAGAAUUCCCAUUGUAUAAAUUUCAUGGUUCCCUUACAACCUAAUUUAUCAUUGAUGUUUCUUUAUUUUUAAUUAUUUAAUUAAUAUAUUUGUUAUUUAUAUUACAAAAACAAACCAUU